AUGUCGUGUCUUGCGGAAAAUGAAUCUCAUCCAAUAUUAUGGUGCAGAGAACAUAAAAAACAAGCAGAAAAAGAAUGGGCUAAUGAUAAUAUUUUAAUAGCGAAAAAAACAAAUGAACGAAAAUAUAUGGAAAAAUUGAGAGAUAAGGAAGAGUUCAAAAGAAUGAUAGAGACUUAUAACCCGUGGGGAAGACAAGGAGGAGGUGCUGCUAACAAAAACAUUAGAAUGAGUGAUUUAUCACAAGUGGGAAUUUAUCCAGAACCAAAGACAAAUCCCCGCACUCCUAUUAGUCCUAUAAACACAAGCAAAAAAUAUCGUGGCACAGAGACAGGUGGUGGAGGUUCUCCAUUAAGAAAUUCCAGUGGAAAAGUUGUGACACAAUAUAAAAAUGAUCCUUUACUUAGUUUCAAUGAGCCAAACAGAGAUCAUGUAGAUUUGGCCUUAAGAUAUAAAAAAGGUCCAAUCGAGCAAACAGAAUAUCGACACGAACUAGAUCGACUGACUGCUCAACAACUAGCUAAACGCUUAGAAGAAAAGCGAGAGUUAAAAGAAUUCGAAAUAAAUAGACCGAUAAUAUCAGAAUACGCUGAUAUGAACAGACAACAAUGGGGCAAACCAGGCCCCGGAGGAGCACCGUGGCGUGAGCCCAAAGAGUUAGGUCACAAUUUUAUGAAAUCGCUCGGUUGGACGAAUAAAGAGGUGUUGAAAAAAUUAGAUAAGUCACAUCGUAAAGAGCUACCUAAACCACUAAAUAUGGAAAUACGACGGUCCAAUGGCAAUGGAAAAUCCAGUAAUAAAGAAAAUAUUGAAUUAUCAUCGUGUUGCUCGCAAUGUAUAUGUGAAUGUCCUGCUGCAGCUGUUGGCAAGUCAAAAACUGACGACUUUUUGACAUUGAGAGAUAAAAACGCAUAUCCAAAGCCUAUUCAAACUGCAGCUCCUAAAAUUACCUAUAAAAAAGGAUCUCCAUUAUACCAUCCAAAAAAAAAGUAUCGAAAUCAACCUUCGUCUGACACUUUAUUGACAGGAGGGGUAGAAUUAGUUCCUCUUUUAGGUAAGUCAUUUUUGAAAUCAACUUUAUUUUUCUGAGUUUUUUUUUAUUCAAAUGGAGUACCAAAAACAGCUAAAAGAAGAGCAUCUCCAAAGCCCAUUACUUUGUCAACCACUGAUGUUACUAAAAUUAAAGAUUUACCAAAUAUAGGCUAUCGCGAUCCAGCCUAUUUGGCAGAACUAAAUACACAAAUAACUCAGCGGCAUCAUGAGAUGGAGAUAUACAGACAACGGGAUGCUGAAAUCAGUCGACAACACUAUCAAACUUGGCAAACAUUAUGGGGAAGACCAGGACACGGGGCACCAAUGGAAAUAAAAAAGAAACUAAAUUUGAACGUUUUGCUUUACAAAGAUCCAUUUAAAUACUGUAAACACCGUAAAGCUUAAAAUAGUAUCAUGCAAGUAAAAAUGAAAUCAAAUUUUACUACUUAUCCACAUAGAUGAUAAGCAGAAUAAAAUUGAAAUUACCUUAAUAUUAAUU